AUUUUCUACGGGCCUAAGAAGCUAGUUACAACCAACUUCCAUAACCGUCAUACACAGACACACUAUAGCUAGCUAUCUUCGUGCACUCGAUCCGUCAUCAUGUGCGACGAGUCCGAGUGCUGCGGCUGCUUCGGCCCGUACCGGCGCUUCGCGUGCGGCUUCUGCGUCGGCCUCGCCAUCGUCGUCGCGAUCACCAUCAUCGUCGUGCUCAUCGUCGGCUACGGCCACGUCUCCCACCUCAGGGUCGACGUUGACGACGCCUCCCUCACGCGCUUCACUCUCACCACCGCGCCGACCACAUCCAUCUCCUACAACCUCACGCUCACGCUCGCCGUGCGCAACCCCAACUGGGCCAUGGGCGCCACGUUCCGCUCCCUCGAGGCCGACUACCUCUUCGACGGCCAGCGCUUCGACCGCGUCAAAGCCUUAGCAUCGCCGGGGUACGUCGUGCCCGCGGGAAAGACCGCCGUGUUCCACCUAGACACCGGCGCCGACGGGGCGAACACCGCGCUGGGAAGCGCCGGCGUGAAGGAGUACCAGAGGGAGAGCCGCGAGGGGGUGUUCGACGUCGAGGUGGGGCUCUCCGGCGAGGUCAGGUUCCAGCUGCACCAUACCUGGUGCAGGCUGGAGGCCAAGUGCCCGCUCAAGCUGCAGCUCGCCGCGCCGGGCGCCGGCAGCGUCGUCUUCCAGAAGACUACCUGCGAGGUGCUCAGGUCAUCGCAGAGAGGAUGCUGAUCGUUUACUGCAACUAUGUGAUUAUUGCUUCUUUUUCUUUUCUGCUUUCCAUUUCAUCGUGAGAGUACAGAGUGAUCAUUGGAUCGUAUUGCACGCCAUGCGUGAUGCAAGAUUUGGAGUGUACCCGGCUUGUUUGGACCGCGGAAAUUUCUAAAGAAUUUCGCAGCAAUCGAAAAAAAUUCGAAUGUUUGAGACGAGGCACAGCUAUGUCGUACACAUGUUUAGAGAAGUGUAAUCGAAUCAAGAAAAGAACGGGUGCAAGCAUGCUGGCGCCCUUUUCAUUGCUGGAAA